AUGAAGCAGAUCAAAACGGAGAGCAACACAUGCAGCAUGGAUCAGGAAGGGGACAUCCUGAAACAAGAAUCCACAAAGUAUGUAAAACAAUUUAAUUCCUUGCUGCCCACUCCUAAGAGGAAUAUCGGAAGAAACCCGGGCUCCGGGGCUUUUCUGAAGGGAUGGCUUCCUCAGCUCCCUCGUCCUCCAACGAUGCUCCGGACCCCACCCCAACUAAUUUACGACCCACAACUUACGACUCAUGGUGCGGCGUGGCGCACGGGUGCACCAGGAAGAUCGGGCUGAAGAUCUGUGGGUUCUUGCAAAGGACCAAUAGCCUGGAAGACAAGGGCCGGAUUGUCAGCUCCCUGAAGGAAAGGCAGUCCUCCAAGAGCCUGCUGGCGUGCGAAAACAGCGAGAAGGAAUCCAGGUUCCGGCGCACCGAGACAGACUUCUCCAAUUUGUAUGCUAGAGAUUUGCUGCCCGCCAAGAAUGGCGAGGAGCAGACCAUGCAGUUCCUGCUGGAGGUCGUGGACAUCCUCCUCAACUACGUGAAGAAGACGUUUGACAGAUCCACCAAAGUGCUUGACUUCCAUCACCCGCACCAGCUCCUGGAGGGCAUGGAGGGCUUCAACCUGGAGCUGUCAGACAACCCUGAGUCCUUAGAGCAGAUCCUAGUGGACUGCCGGGACACGCUGAAAUACGGAGUGAGGACAGGUCACCCUCGCUUUUUCAAUCAGCUGUCCACAGGCCUGGACAUUAUUGGCUUGGCUGGAGAGUGGCUGACAUCAACAGCUAAUACAAACAUGUUUACCUAUGAAAUUGCCCCCGUUUUUGUCCUCAUGGAACAAAUAACACUCCGAAAGAUGAGAGAGAUUAUUGGGUGGUCAAAUAAAGAUGGUGAUGGAAUAUUCUCACCUGGAGGAGCUAUCUCCAACAUGUACAGCAUAAUGGCUGCACGCUACAAGUAUUUCCCUGAAGUCAAAACCAAAGGCAUGGCUGCUGUCCCUAAACUGAUUCUCUUUACUUCAGAACAUAGUCACUACUCAAUAAAGAAAGCUGGAGCUGCACUUGGGUUUGGAACAGACAAUGUAAUUUUGAUAAAAUGCAAUGAAAGAGGCAAAAUAAUACCAGCUGAUUUGGAGGCAAAAAUUUUGGAAGCAAAACAAAAGGGAUACAUUCCUCUCUUUGUAAAUGCAACUGCAGGCACAACAGUGUAUGGAGCCUUUGAUCCAAUACAGGAGAUUGCAGAUAUAUGUGAAAAAUAUAACCUCUGGCUCCAUGUAGAUGCUGCCUGGGGAGGUGGACUGUUAAUGUCCCGAAGGCAUCGGCAUAAAUUGAAUGGAAUAGAAAGAGCCAACUCGGUCACUUGGAAUCCACACAAGAUGAUGGGAGUGUUGUUACAAUGUUCUGCCAUUCUUGUCCGGGAGAAGGGUCUACUUCAAGGCUGCAAUCAAAUGUGUGCAGGCUAUCUCUUCCAGCAAGACAAACAGUAUGAUGUAUCCUAUGACACUGGAGAUAAGGCAAUACAGUGUGGUCGGCAUGUGGACAUUUUCAAAUUCUGGUUGAUGUGGAAAGCAAAGGGUACUGUAGGAUUUGAAAAUCAGAUUAACAAAUGCUUGGAGCUGGCAGAAUAUCUCUACACUAAAAUCAAAAACAGAGAAGAUUUUGAGAUGGUUUUUGAAGGGGAGCCAGAGCAUACAAAUGUAUGUUUUUGGUAUAUUCCACCAAGUCUCAGGGGCAUGCCAGACUGUGAUGAGAGAAGAGAAAAGUUGCACCGGGUGGCACCAAAAAUCAAAGCACUGAUGAUGGAGUCAGGUACUACCAUGGUUGGAUAUCAGCCUCAGGGCGACAAAGUCAACUUCUUCCGAAUGGUCAUCUCGAACCCAGCAGCAACUAAGUCUGACAUUGACUUCCUCAUUGAGGAAAUAGAAAGACUGGGGCAUGAGCUGUAG